UGCCAUCACAAACAAUAACUUGUCUUCCCACUUUCUCAUGCCCUUUAAAUUUCCUUACAAACGCUCCAAACUUGAUAUUGCAUUAAGAAAAGACUACUGUCAUUGCUAAACGUCGAGAAUGAAUGGAAAAACAGGCAAUACCGUUAUAGACAUCGAUUUCUCGACAAAACCCGAACCUAUAGGGGCGAAAGCUGAAAACUUGGCAGCUUCAUGUAAAGCUUCAAUAGGGAGUGUUUUGGGGUUUUGCAAAGAAGACAGCAACCGAGUUUUAUUCUCAUUGAAAGUUGGGUUGGCUGUUGUUUUAGUGUCUUUGCUUAUACUUUUUCGAGCACCUUACGAUGUGUUUGGUACUAAUAUCAUUUGGGCUAUCAUCACUGUAGCCAUCAUGUUCGAAUAUACCGUUGGAGCAACUUUCAACCGUGGUUUCAAUAGGGCGCUCGGAAGCUUGCUUGCUGGAAUCUUGGCCAUUGCUGUUGCCCAACUUGCUCUACGCACAGGCCCUAUUGCAGAACCCAUUAUCAUUGGCAUUAGCAUUUUCCUAGUUGGAAGUGUGACAUCAUUCAUGAAGCUAUGGCCAUCGCUAGUUCCAUACGAGUAUGGGUUCAGAGUUAUACUUUUCACAUACUGCUUGAUAGUUGUUUCUGGUUAUCGAAUGGGGAACCCACUGAGAACUGCCAUGGAUCGCCUCUACUCCAUCGCCAUCGGAGGAUUCGUUGCAGUGUUAGUGAACGUCCUCGUUUUCCCCAUCUGGGCUGGCGAGCAGCUGCACAAGGACCUCGUCGCCACCUUCAACUCCCUCGCUGAUUCCCUCCAAGAAUGUGUGAACAAGUAUUUAGAGGACGAGGGAUCAAACAUUGGGCAACAGCUUCCCAAGGCUGUAAUGGAUGAAUUUCCAGACGAACCAGCUUAUAAGAAGUGCAAAGCCACCUUGAACUCCUCUGCAAAGUUUGAGGCUUUGGCGACAUCCGCGAAAUGGGAGCCGCCACACGGCAGAUUCGGGCACUUCUUUUAUCCAUGGGGGGAGUAUGUUAAAGUUGGAGCUGUUUUGAGAUAUUGUGCUUAUGAAAUUAUGGCUCUUCAUGGUGUUCUUCACUCUCGAAUCCAGGCUCCAUAUAAGCUCAGAAUCACAUUCAAAUCCGAGAUCCAAGAAACAGCAAACCAAGCAGCGGAGCUGUUGAGAGGUUUGGGCAAAGACAUCAACAACAUGCAACAAUCCCUCAAAAUAUAUCUCCUAAAGAAUGUUCAUACUGCAGCAGACAAGCUGCAACAAGCCCUUCACACUCACUCUUAUCCCCUCACUCCCACUUGUGACUCCCUAGACCUCUCUUCCAAGCUUCAGUCCAAGCUCUCGACUGCCCCGUCGAACAGCCUCUAUGAUCUUCCAAGCUUGUUAGCCGAGCUCAACGGCAAUGGCCCGGAGAGGAGUUUAAUCCAGCAGAAUAGUCAUGGUGUGGCUGCAGGGACUCAAGCAGAGGCUUACGUUGAGUUAGUGAGGAAGCAGUCGAGAAGGCAGCAUUCAUGGCCAUUGAGGGAAAUGGAUGUUUUCGACGAUGGUGGGGGUGUUCCUGUCGAGUUUUUGCAGAGGAUGAGGAAGCAAGAGAGUACUGCAGCCAUGUCACUGGCUAACUUUACUUCCUUGCUCAUCGAGUUCGUGGCUAGGCUCGACUAUUUGGUCGAAACCGUGGAUGAGCUUUCUAAGAUGGCCAAGUUCAAAGAUAAUAUCAUUAGCUGA